UAGAGCUUAGAAGGAAAUCUUUCGGGUGAUUCGAUUCGGCCACUCCUAUCCCAUUACCGCUAUACCCAACAAUCGAUCUUUCUCAGGGAGCUUGAGGGAAAAAACCUCAACUUUCUUCAGUUUCUGAGAGAAAUCUUCUGCUUAAUUCGAGAACCGCCAUGUCUAACCAAGCUGAAUCCUCUGAGUCGAAAUCGAAGAAGGACUUCAGUACUGCGAUUCUGGAGAGGAAGAAGGCUCCGAACCGACUCGUUGUCGACGAGGCUGUCAACGAUGACAACUCUGUCGUCUCUCUCCACCCCACGACCAUGGAGAAGCUUCAGAUCUUCCGUGGCGAUACGAUCCUCAUCAAGGGUAAGAAAAGGAAGGACACUAUCUGCAUUGCCCUUGCUGAUGAAACAUGUGAGGAACCCAAAAUCAGAAUGAACAAGGUUGUCAGGUCUAAUUUGAGGGUUAGACUGGGAGAUGUUGUUUCUGUUCAUCAAUGCCCUGAUGUGAAAUACGGAAAGCGUGUGCACAUAUUGCCGAUUGAUGACACGGUUGAAGGUGUUACAGGGAACCUCUUCGAUGCAUACCUGAAACCUUAUUUCCUGGAAGCAUACCGCCCAGUAAGGAAGGGCGAUCUCUUCCUUGUCAGAGGAGGAAUGAGGAGUGUGGAGUUCAAAGUGAUUGAGACUGAUCCUGCCGAGUACUGUGUGGUUGCUCCGGACACAGAGAUUUUCUGUGAGGGAGAGCCAGUGAAAAGGGAGGAUGAGGAAAGACUUGAUGAAGUCGGUUAUGAUGAUGUUGGAGGUGUAAGGAAGCAGAUGGCUCAGAUUAGGGAACUGGUUGAGCUUCCAUUGAGGCACCCUCAACUAUUCAAGUCAAUCGGUGUGAAGCCACCGAAGGGAAUUCUGCUUUAUGGCCCUCCUGGUUCUGGUAAGACUUUAAUUGCUCGUGCUGUGGCUAACGAGACUGGAGCAUUCUUCUUCUGUAUCAAUGGACCUGAAAUCAUGUCCAAACUUGCUGGUGAGAGUGAGAGUAACCUACGAAAAGCAUUUGAGGAAGCUGAGAAGAACGCCCCGUCUAUCAUUUUCAUCGAUGAGAUUGAUUCCAUUGCACCGAAAAGGGAGAAGACAAAUGGAGAAGUUGAGAGGAGGAUUGUCUCCCAACUUCUUACACUUAUGGAUGGGCUCAAAGCUCGUUCUCACGUUAUUGUCAUUGGAGCAACCAACCGUCCAAACAGCAUUGACCCAGCUUUGAGACGGUUUGGAAGAUUUGACAGGGAGAUCGAUAUCGGAGUUCCUGAUGAAGUUGGACGUCUUGAAGUCCUCAGGAUCCACACAAAGAACAUGAAGCUAGCUGAAGAUGUUGAUCUCGAAAGGAUAUCCAAGGACACACACGGUUAUGUCGGUGCUGAUCUUGCAGCUCUGUGCACUGAGGCUGCCCUCCAAUGCAUCAGGGAGAAGAUGGAUGUGAUUGAUUUGGAAGAUGACUCAAUAGAUGCUGAAAUCCUCAACUCAAUGGCAGUGACCAACGAACACUUCCAGACUGCUCUUGGAAACAGCAAUCCAUCCGCUCUUCGUGAAACUGUUGUUGAAGUGCCCAAUGUCUCUUGGGAGGAUAUUGGAGGUCUCGAGAACGUCAAGAGGGAGCUUCAGGAGACCGUCCAAUACCCUGUGGAGCACCCAGAGAAGUUCGAGAAGUUUGGAAUGUCUCCAUCAAAGGGAGUCCUCUUCUAUGGCCCUCCCGGAUGUGGGAAAACCCUGCUGGCCAAGGCCAUUGCUAACGAGUGCCAAGCAAACUUCAUCAGUGUCAAAGGUCCGGAACUUCUCACAAUGUGGUUUGGAGAAAGUGAAGCUAACGUUCGUGAAAUCUUUGACAAGGCUCGUCAGUCAGCUCCUUGUGUCCUAUUCUUUGACGAGCUCGACUCUAUUGCUACUCAGAGAGGAAGCAGUGUGGGCGAUGCAGGUGGUGCAGCUGACAGAGUGCUGAACCAACUCCUUACCGAGAUGGAUGGAAUGAACGCCAAAAAGACCGUCUUUAUCAUCGGAGCAACCAACAGACCUGACAUAAUCGACCCGGCUCUCCUCCGUCCUGGAAGGCUCGACCAGCUCAUCUACAUUCCCCUUCCCGAUGAAGAAUCUCGUCUCCAGAUCUUCAAGGCAUGCCUGAGGAAAUCCCCUGUGGCUAAAGAUGUCGACCUCAGGGCACUCGCCAAAUACACCCAGGGAUUCAGUGGAGCCGAUAUCACCGAGAUUUGCCAGAGGGCUUGCAAAUAUGCGAUUAGAGAAAACAUCGAGAAGGACAUCGAGAGGGAAAGGAGGAGGAGGAAAAACCAGGAAGCAAUGGAGGAAGACGAGGUGGAGGGGGAGGAAGAGGUGGCGGAGAUUAAAGCAGCUCAUUUCGAGGAAUCGAUGAAAUACGCAAGAAGAAGUGUGAGCGAUGCGGAUAUCCGCAAGUACCAAGCCUUUGCCCAGACGCUGCAGCAAUCAAGAGGCUUUGGAAGUGAGUUCAGAUUCUCAGAGGCUACUGGCACUGCAGCCACCGCUGACCCUUUUUCCACUUCUUCUGCUGCGGCCGCCGAUGAAGAUGACCUCUACAGUUAGCUGAUUUGGCUCUGCUCAUCACGAGAAACUUGCUCUGCUAUAUGUCUGAUGUUAAAAGGCACUAGAAGACAGAUGAUUGCUUUGAGCACUUUCAGAUUAUAUUUCCCAUUUAGUUAGUGUUUAUUAUUUCCUAAUUAAUCUUUUUCCAAGAACAUUAUAAUAAAUAAUGUUCAAGAGUACUAAUUUUCAUCA